AUGACGCGCAGUGGCCGCGUGUUCGCUCCGCCGGUUAUCCCAAGUAGAAAUGUUGAGAAAGAUCCAGUAGUCGUGGUACCAGUGACAAGAGAAACAGAAGGGCAAACAAGCAAUUCAACCCUUGAUAAAGAAACAGAUGAACUACUUAGAAUUAUCAAGCUCAGUGACUACAAAGUGGUAGAUCAGUUGCUACAGACACCGUCAAAAAUCUCGAUCCUGUCCUUAUUAUUGAAUUCAGCUGUCCACAGAGAAGCACUACUGAAGGUGCUUGAUCAAGCCUUUGUAGAACAGGAUAUAACAGCAGAGCAGUUCAACAAUGUUGUAGGCAACAUCACUUCGUGCAAUGGCUUAGGCUUUUGUGAUGAAGAACUGCCAGAAGAAGGAAAGAAUCACAACUUCGCUCUCCAUAUCUCAACCAAUUGUCAAGGGGAUUCUUUGUCUAAUAUCCUAAUUGACACCGGUUCAUCUCUGAAUGUCAUGCCCAAGUCUACCUUGGUGAAGCUAAAGUACAAAGGGGGGCAAAUGCGGCACAGUGGAAUUAUUGUGAAAGCGUUCGAUGGAUCAAGAAAAUCAAUCAUGGGAGAAGUUGAUUUGCCUAUUGGUAUUGGACCACAUGUAUUCCAGAUCACUUUCCAGGUUAUGGAUAUAGUGCCAGCUUAUAGCUGUCUGCUCGGACGCCCAUGGAUUCAUGAGGCGGGUGCCAUUACAUCCACGUUACACCAGAAGUUAAAAUUUUUCAAGAAUGGGCAAAUAGUGACGGUUAAUGGGGAGCAGGCUAUGCUGAUUAGCCACCUUUCAUCGUUUAGUGUGAUAGAAGCAGACGAAACGGCUGUUCAAACUCCAUUUCAGGCCCUGACCAUCGAUGAUUACAAGAAAAGUGAAGGUUCAAUCGCGUCAUUCAAAGACGCCCAGCAGAUUGUCAAGACAGGUCCUACAGAAAUGUGGGGCAAGGUGAUAGAGUUGCCAGAAAACGUUAACCAUGCAGGAUUAGGCUUUGUUGAUGGAAAACAAGUGCAGACUUCAGUGGUGCGACCUUUCAAAGAUAUCUUUCACAGCGGUGGGUUUAUCAACAUGGUAGCAGUUGAGGAGGAUACUUUUGAGGGAAAGACAGAAGACGAAGGCCCCAGAUUUGUGACACCAGGAGUAGUUAUGAAGAACUGGACCACAGUUGACAUCCCAUAUUGUGUCCACAUAUCAAAGUAA